UUUCUUUAUUCGUGAGAUGAUUACACACUUAUUGUUUUUAUGAAUUAUUUUGUUUUGUGAUUUUAAUUUAAGACAUGAGGACGCAAUACAAAUGACUUACGUGAGACCAUUUAUUCCAGACUGUUUAUCUUGUCGACUUGAUUAACGACUAAAAACUGAUCUAAUAUACCGUUAAGACUGUGAUCAUGAACAAUUGGAAUCAAAGCAUGCGAAAUGACGACCGCAACGACGACAAACCACCGUACUCGAGGAUAUUCGUAGUAUGCAACAAACAAUUGAGGGUAGAAGACUUGCGGCCUGCUUUCGAGGUGUACGGGCAGAUAGAAGACAUACACAUGCCUCGGGAUCGCAGCACGGGCGAGUCUAAAGGCAUAGCUUAUGUAAAGUACACUAAGACCUCCUCAGCCGCCGCUGCUAUCAAGGAAAUGCAUUUGAAGACUAUCCAAAACAGCAGCAAACCCAUCCGAGUAAUGGUAGCCACCCAUAAGAAUGAUAAUCAUAACACCAACGAAGACAAGUACAAGCGUCUCUUCAUUAAAGUGCACAAAGAAGCGACAGAAAGUGAGAUAAGGCAGCAUUUUUCUGCUUUUGGGCAAGUAGAGAGCAUACACCUACAGCGGGACAAGGUAACAGAUGAGAGUAGAGGGUUUGCUUAUGUCAAUUACAUGUCAUUUCUUGAUGCUGCCAAAGCUUUCGAAGAGUGUGAUAGGAAAUACAAAGCAAUAUUUGCUACUCCAAAGGAAGAAUUAAAAAGAAGUAGAAAUAGCAUAGAGAAUUUCUCAGAAAGUUUUCACUCAAGCAACUCUAGCAUAGUCAAAGAUAGUUACAGCGAGCAUUACAGUCAACCAAGAGGGGACAUGCACAAACGAGACAGCAUGUCACCACUCAUUAGAACGAAACCUCACAAUUAUGACACAGUAUGUGUGACAUGCAGCCCACAAGUUCAGCAGAAAUACAUUGACAAAUUAUUUAACAUAAUACCUGGCAUGACCUCAUGUAAAUACACAUCAGACUCAUUCAAUGGAUUCUGCAAGGCAAUUAUAACUUAUGAGAGUGAAAAGUCUGCAGCUUAUGCUGUUGAGAGGUUAAAUAACUUUGAAUUCCCUUCAGGAGAGAUAAUAUCAGUGAAACCUGAUGAUAACCCAUUGAGCAAGGCGGCUAAUAACCUUACUAACAUAGUCAAUAGUUUUAAAAAUGCUAUAGAUUAUACUAACCCUGACUUGGUGCAGCUUGCAGAUGCUAUAGCCCAAGCCUCUACUCUGAUCAAAGCCGCCACAUCAUCAGGCCCGGCCCUCAGAGACUUGAAAACUGAAUCCCAGCAGGAGAGCUUCUGCAGUGUUAGCCUCCCUCCCCCACAACCACUUGCUAGCAGUAACAGCAGAGUAGCUCAAAGAUGUUUCUUAGUGUUCAAGCCCCAUCCUCCCCCUGUGCAUAUGUUGAAAGAUGCCUUUUGUCGAUUUGGGGAUCUUAUAGACGUAUCUACAUUCCCUAACAAAACUUUUGGCUUUGCCAAGUAUGCAUCAGUACGAGCUGCCCAGGAGGCAAUCAGAACACUACAUGGUGCAACUUUGUGUGAAAUAAGACUGAAGGUGUUAGAGGCAGAUGAGAGACCAUCUAAAGAUGACAAAGUGAAUGUUGACAGUGAGAGCAGUGUAGACCACAAUACUGACAGAAAGAGGAUAAAGUUAGAUGAUGGAGACUCCACUAUGAGUCAAUGACAAAGCAAGAUACUCAAGUCAUUUGAUAUUAAGUACAGAUCUGACACGAGCUGUUGUAAUAUUGUUGUUAAGUUAGAAGACAGUAUUCUAUAAUUUAAAUCCUUUAUUUAUUCAGCAAUAGGUGCUAUUUAUGACUGACUGUACACAAAAGAUAUUAUUUUUGUCUAUGAAUUUUGACUUUAUUGGGUUUGAUAUAUUUGGAAUGUCAUUGAACUAAUCAUAAUAUACAAAAUUUACAUUUACCAUAUAACAUCAAUGAAACAAAUUAUACACUUUUUUUUAUGACCAAUUAUAA